AAGUGAGAGAAGUUGAAAAUGCGGAGUGAAUGUGUAUUUUAAUAACAAACUACGAACUAAAAUACCAAUUUGUCUGAAAUAAUUUAGUAUCAUAAAGUUUUUAUAAAUACAGAAAUAAUAACAUGGCUAAGUUUAAACUAAAAAAACCAUCUAAAAGGCAGCCAGCACGCCUUCGCUAUAAAAUAGAAAAAAAAGUUAGAGAGCACAAUAGGAAAGUAAAAAAGGAAGCGAAAAAGAACCCUAAAUCUAAGAAGUCAAAGCCUAUUCAGGUACCAAAUGUGUGUCCAUUUAAGGAAGACAUAUUAAAAGAAGUUGAAGCAGUGAAGAAGCAUAAAGAAGAAGAGAGACAAAAGAAAAAGGAACAAGCAAAAUUAGACAAGCAAAUUAAAUUAGAGGAAAAAAAGAAUAGUACUCUUAGUAUGGACAAAUUGGUAGCAAAUGCUCAAGCAAGAGGUAAAGUCCACGAAGCAUUUAAAGACAAUGACAAUGGGAAUGAUGACAUUCAAUUUGGCAAGGAUAGACAGCAGGAAAAUUCUUUAAAAGCUUAUUAUAAGGAGUUUAAGAAAGUAAUUUCGGAAGCUGAAGUUGUAUUAGAAGUUGUGGAUGCUAGAGACCCGUUAGGUACAAGGUGUGUUCAAGUUGAAGAAGCAGUUAGAGAGUCUGGCAAGAAGUUAGUUCUAGUCCUUAACAAAGCAGAUUUAGUGCCACGGGAAAAUCUCACGGCUUGGCUUAAGUAUCUCCGUAGAUCGGCACCAGCUGUUCCAUUCAAAGCAUCUACACAAGACCAGCAACACAAUCUUGGCAGGAGAAAAAUGAAACAUAUUGUCAAAGAAAAGGAAAUGUCAAACUCAGCCUGUGUAGGAGCAGAGCUACUCAUGAGUCUCUUGGGUAAUUAUUGCCGUAACAAAGGUAUAAAGACAUCUAUAACAGUUGGUGUAGUUGGGUUGCCCAAUGUCGGCAAGAGUUCUAUAAUAAACAGUCUGAACCGAUCUAAAGCAUGUAAUGUAGGAAGCACUCCAGGAGUUACAAAACAAAUGCAAACUGUCCAGCUGGAUUCGAAGAUCAAGAUUCUGGACAGCCCUGGCAUAGUAUUUCACUCGGGCGCAGAGGGCGACGCGUCCGUGGCGCUGAAGAACGCUCUGCGAGUGGCAAGCCUCAAAGACCCAGUCACGCCUGCCACGGCCAUAUUGAAGAGAGCUCACAAACACACACUUGUAGCGCUCUACUGCAUACCAGAGUUCAACACGCCACAAGAAUUCUUCGCAAGUGUUGCAUCGCGUAUGGGUCGCUUCAAGAAAGGCGGUGUUCCUGACCAAGAAGCCGCUGCUAGAAUAUUACUUAACGAUUGGAAUACCGGAAAGGUGCGGUAUUACACGGAACCACCGGAGACGCCCCAAUCAGAAGUCCACAUUGAUGCUAAGAUAGUUUCAACAUUGUCAGAAGACUUCGACGUUAAUGCAUUUGAAGCGAUGGAAGCUGAGACAAUCGACACACUUGGUGCUACUAAUUCUGAUGAUGCUAUUAAGAUCACAAGCACAGGUCCGGUCAAAGCGGCAGAAGACGAUAUGCAAGUUGACGAAGACGAAUCUGUUCUACUUCCUAAAAAAGUCAUUGUUUCCAAAGUAGUCAACAAAACGCCAAAGGACUCUGGAGUGGAUAUUGUUAUGGAAGGCAACACCAAACAGAAUAAAAUGAGGAAAAUGCAAUUCAAAAAAGAUAAAAAGAAAAAGGCUAGAGAUGAGAAGAAAGUAGUAGCUUUAUCGGAAAUGCUAGAUCAAGCAAUAGUUACUAGCGUUAAGAAAACAUGAUAAUAAAUGUCAAUAAUAUUAUAAUUGUUAAGUGGCGAUUUAAAAAUAAAGAAAAAAAAACCUAUA